AAAAAAACAAACAAAAAAGUUUGGUACAUAUCGAAUAUUUAUAGUAACGGUAUACAGAUAUUAUUCCGCAUUAGCUAUGGGGAAGACUAGUCUUUUAAUCUCCCUAAUCUCACGUUUUAGUUUUAUGAUGAUAAUUCAAGCGAUUAUUUAGUCGUGUUAUUGUUUGCGUUUAUCACGUAGGAAACCGAAUCGGAUUUUUUUUAAUUCAUUUAAUUUAUUUUAUAGUUUGCAUUUUGACACUUUUUGGGGAGUGUGGCCACUCGUGAGACAAAACCUCACCAACUAGGAGUAUCAUUUUCUUCUACGUUAGGUUCAUCAGUCGUUUCCUUAAUCCGAAUCAUUGUCUCUCUCUCUCUUGAUCUUGAUCUCUACGCUAAAAAUGGGAACCCAGUUAGAGUUCGAGCAAAUUUGAGUUUCCAGCAACGAGACAGAGGCUGUGACUAUGGCUUCUAAGAUUAAAAAUGGUUUAUCUGACACUACUUUGAGGAAAUCAUCUUCAACAUCUCUAAGAGUGCCUAGACUCACUCGGAUUGUGACUAAACCUGAUUCUAAUUCUCCUUCACCGACUCAACAACAGUCACGGCUUUCGUUCGAGCGCCCUUCUUCUAACUCAAAGCCUAGUACUGAUAAGAGGUCCCCCAAAGCUCCAACCCCACCAGAAAAAACUCAAAUACGGGCUGUGAGAGUAUCAGAAUCGCAACCUCAGUCAGUUCAAAUCAAGGAAGAUUUAAAGAAAGCCAAUGAGCUGAUAGCAUCGCUCGAGAAUGAAAAAGCUAAAGCACUUGAUCAACUUAAAGAAGCGCGGAAAGAAGCUGAAGAGGCAUCUGAGAAACUAGAUGAGGCUUUAGAAGCUCAGAAAAAGUCCCUGGAGAACUUCGAAAUUGAGAAAUUUGAGGUUGUUGAGGCAGGGAUAGAGGCGGUUCAGAGAAAAGAAGAAGAGUUGAAGAAAGAACUAGAGAAUGUCAAGAACCAACAUGCUUCAGAAUCAGCUACUCUUCUUUUGGUAACACAGGAGCUGGAGAAUGUCAAUCAAGAAUUGGCUAAUGCUAAAGAUGCCAAGAGUAAGGCUUUGUGUCGUGCAGAUGAUGCUAGUAAGAUGGCUGCAAUUCAUGCAGAGAAAGUUGAAAUCUUGUCGUCAGAGUUAAUACGGUUGAAGGCUUUGCUUGAUUCAACUCGAGAGAAGGAAAUCAUCUCCAAGAAUGAGAUUGCUUUAAAGCUAGGGGCGGAGAUAGUGGAUCUAAAAAGAGACCUUGAGAAUGCGAGAAGUUUGGAAGCAAAGGUCAAGGAACUAGAGAUGAUCAUUGAGCAGCUUAAUGUUGACUUAGAAGCUGCAAAAAUGGCAGAAUCUUAUGCGCAUGGCUUUGCUGACGAGUGGCAAAACAAAGCGAAAGAACUGGAGAAACGGUUGGAAGAAGCUAACAAGCUGGAGAAAUGUGCUUCGGUAUCUCUGGUAUCUGUGACAAAGCAGCUGGAAGUAAGCAAUAGUAGAUUGCACGAUAUGGAAUCUGAAAUUACUGAUCUUAAGGAGAAAAUUGAGUUAUUGGAGAUGACAGUUGCUAGUCAAAAGGUUGAUCUUGAGAAAUCUGAACAGAAGCUAGGUAUUGCAGAAGAAGAAUCAUCUAAGAGUGAAAAAGAAGCAGAGAAACUGAAGAAUGAGCUUGAAACUGUGAAUGAAGAGAAAACCCAGGCUUUAAAGAAGGAGCAAGAUGCUACUUCAAGUGUGCAAAGGCUCUUGGAAGAAAAAAAGAAGAUCUUGUCAGAACUGGAGAGCUCGAAGGAGGAAGAGGAGAAGAGUAAGAAAGCAAUGGAGAGUUUAGCUUCAGCAUUGCACGAAGUGUCAAGUGAAUCACGUGAGUUGAAAGAAAAAUUGCUGAGUCGAGGUGAUCAAAAUUAUGAAACACAGAUAGAAGAUCUGAAGUUGGUGAUUAAAGCAACGAACAACAAGUACGAGAACAUGCUUGACGAGGCGAGACAUGAGAUCGAUGUUCUUGUCAAUGCGGUAGAACAAACCAAGAAACAGUUUGAGAGCGCAAUGGUAGAUUGGGAGAUGAGAGAAGCCGGUUUGGUGAAUCACGUGAAGGAAUUUGAUGAAGAAGUUUCUUCAAUGGGGAAAGAAAUGAAUAGGUUGGGCAAUUUGGUUAAAAGGACAAAGGAAGAAGCUGAUGCAUCAUGGGAAAAAGAAUCCCAAAUGAGAGAUUGUCUUAAAGAAGUGGAAGAUGAGGUGAUUUAUCUUCAGGAAACUCUCAGGGAAGCGAAAGCUGAAACCUUGAAACUAAAGGGGAAGAUGUUGGAUAAAGAAACUGAGUUUCAAAGCAUUGUUCAUGAGAACGAUGAACUCAGAGUGAAACAGGAUGAUUCUCUGAAGAAGAUCAAGGAACUAUCGGAGUUACUCGAAGAAGCAUUGGCCAAGAAACAUAUUGAAGAGAACGGUGAGCUCAGUGAGAGUGAAAAAGACUAUGAUUUGCUGCCAAAGGUGGUUGAGUUUUCUGAGGAAAAUGGUUAUAGAAGUGCAGAAGAGAAGUCUUCUAAAGUAGAGACCCUCGAUGGCAUGAACAUGAAACUUGAGGAGGACACCGAGAAGAAGGAAAAGAAAGAACGUUCUCCAGAGGAUGAGACAGUUGAAGUUGAAUUCAAAAUGUGGGAAAGUUGUCAGAUUGAGAAGAAAGAAGUUUUUCAUAAAGAGUCUGCAAAAGAAGAAGAGGAAGACUUAAAUGUGGUGGACCAAAGCCAGAAAACCUCGCCAGUAAAUGGAUUAACCGGAGAAGAUGAGCUGUUGAAAGAGAAAGAGAAGAAGAAGAAGAAGACAUUGUUUGGUAAAGUUGGGAAUCUUCUCAAGAAGAAAGGACCCGUGAAUCAGAAAUAAAUGAAAGCAUCUCUUGAUUACUACACUUUCUGAGGUAUUGCAAAAUCUAGCUAUUACAUAUACACACAUCUCUUUGCACCAUAUUGAUUGAUAUCUUCAUUAGUUUGUUCUUAUUUGGUUUAUGGCUUCUGAAAUAGGUUUGUCUUAAAUUGUUGGUUUAUGAUUCUUUUCUUCUUUCGAUUUUUUUUUUGCUUACUCUGUUCUUCAACUACUUUUGUCAACAAAAUCUGUUUGUGAAUUUAUUCUUCCUCGUUAUACUGUAUAUCCGGGAAUUGAUUUCGUUUUGCAUUACAAUAAUAAUAAAUUCGAG